ACACACAGCCACCGUAGCAGGAGAAAAGGUAUAUUAGGUUGCACAUCAUGUAGAGGAAACAGGGGCUUCCACCACUUUAGCGGGGGUGCUUUUUUAAAAAAUCCUUUUUUAAAAUUUUUGUAUGAAUCAUGUAAAAGCCAAGGUGUCUGCUAAACACAUCUUAUGCCGCUGACCAGUAAAAGUUUUCUUGAGAAGAUGAGCUUUUAAUAAGGGUUGACAGGUUGUCUUGGAAGGAGAGACAAGCCCGAAAAUCUCUCUUUUUUUGUAAGCUUUGCGGAUUAAAGACAAAGGAGGAUGGAAAUAUUCGCAUGAAACAGCUUUGUUACCCCCCACCCCCAUCCUGCCCAUCAACUGACUCCAUUCUUCAACUUGACAUCAUCCCUUCACACAGACAAGAAGAAGAAGAAGAACAAGAGGAGAAGAGAGAAGCAGAGGUGGGGAGGCAAACAGACGGGAAAGAGGAGGAAGAGCGGAGAGGAGGUGGGCAGCACACUUUCAGCUCUCACAAGGCUGAGGAGGAGAAAGUGACAGCAGCUAGAACUUGGCCACACUAGUGAGAUGAAAUUUGGAGAGGAGACGCUGCAGCGCUCGAGGAGACGACAUCUAAAGAGAGCCCUAAAAUUGGACCGCCUGGAAGGCAAGCCAGCAGUCUCUGGAUCCCGUCCACCGCUUCCACCCCCAACAGCAGAAGGAUGAGAGGGGUCGACUUUCACCUUAGUGGCCAGGGAUGUCUGUGCACUACGGGAAGGCAUCCCCUUCCAGCAUGUCCAAUGCUAUGUUAUUCCUGAUGCUUUGCAAGAUUGGUCUGAGAAGAAAACUGCAGGCUUUUCCAGGGAAAAUGGUAAACACUCUCUACAGUGAUGAGGAAAAGGGAAUCCAAGACAAGGAAAGUAAGGAGGAGACCAUCUUGGCCAUGCUGGGAAUCAUUGGGACCAUUCUCAACUUGGUCGUCAUUAUUUUUGUCUACAUCUACACCACCUUGUAGGUCUUGAACUCUUAUUGUGCUUCAUCAGUGGACACAGCAGAGCACAUCUGAGCUGCUUCAGCAACACUGUUGACUGAAAAGGAGAAAAAGAUGGGUGGAGAAAGGAAGAGGAGGCUGAACUGUGCUGUUGCCAUAUGGCACCAGUCCUGCAUCACUUCAAACAGCUGAGACUAUAAGAAACUGGCUUGUUCCUCUCCCUUUACAGGUAAAAUUACCCAGAAUUUCUGGUCAUUUUGACUUGUAUAUAAAUGCAUGAAGCAAAGUCGAGAGACUGAAAAGAUGAGAGCUUUCACUAACACAUGGACUUAAAACAGCAGGCAGAGUGGACAUUUUUGAAUAAUACUUUUCAAAUGUUUUUUUAAUUGUUCUGUUUUACAUCCAUGGGAUAACAGUUCAAAUUGUAAGUGAAAAUUAGCUUUUGGUUUGCUGUUUUUUUUUUUUUAACACAACAAAUUUCCAUUUCUAUGAGAUUUUAACAGACAAAAGUAAGAAAAUGUUAUUCUGAUUGAUUUCAUGUUCACUUUAAGACUGUAUUUGUCAUCAGUGUUUGCAAAGUAUUGACCGGAUGACAUUUACGGAGACUAUUAUUCCUGAAAUUUAAAUACAUGCAGAGUUUUAGGUUGUAUGCUUGUACAUUUACAGGUCAAAACUGAGUCUAUAAAUGGUAUAAUAUCAGUUUAAUGUGCUGAAAUGAAUCCAUAAUGGUUAUACUUGACAUUGUGCCGAACAUUAAACCACGGAAGAAUACUUAAAUUGUUACUUAAAUUAGUUAAAAGCAAUGUCGUUAUCCUGUAAGUGUUUAAUUUAUCACUUCCACCUUUAAAGGCCAUCCAUAUAGAAAAAGAAGAACCGAGAAGCAUAUUUUACUCACUCAGAUGCAGCUUUGAAACUUCACAAAGCCUUUCAAAAAUAUGUCAACAUGUACAAAAUGUUUCAUAAUCUUUAUGUUACUUAUUACUAUAAAAAGCUCACUCUUCAAAGUAGAAAAGGGAAAGCGACAGCUUGGACUCUCAGUUUGUGCAUCACUAAAUCAGAACUUGUCCAUGAUUACUGUUUGCCUUAAAACAUGAGGAAAUGUCUAUUUCCGCAGUGUUUAUCAGGUUAUAAAGACUUUGUGAAACCUUUGUGAAACCCUUGUUGUACAUACAUAUAAUGUUCGUAUUUUAUGGGUUUAUUGGCGGUAAUUUUUAUAAAAGCAUCCUACUCUUGUCUUAACCAACGUGACUACUACAAGAUAUUUCCAGACCUGGGCCAAACAGCUUACCUUGAGUCAUUUGUGUCCAUUUUCAGAGGACGACACUGGACAGUACUGUGAAUCGUAGGAAAUUUACAUGACGGCAAGAACCUUUAGAUUAGCUUUUGGUAUGAUUCUUUUUCUUACACUGACUAAACUAACACUGUGUCUAUUUUAAGGCCUCGUUCCAUCUGAGAGCAACCGUGUCAGCUAGAAAUUACAUUUACAUACAACUAAAUUUCAACAAGAAGGGAGUAUGUUGCUGACUGACUUAUGUUUUCUUUUGAAAUAUUGAGGAAAUGCUCUUUAUUUAUUGAACAAGUGGUUUAGUUUAGGUUUACACAAAGUUGAGGUCAGCUGCACAUCCAAUUGGAAAAGUUAGUUCAAGCUACUUUAGCAUGCAUGCAUUUGCUGUGCACCUCCAAGCAUCUUGGCAACCCGCCUUCACCUCCAGCAUUGCCUAUGACUAUUUAUAUACGCAAACUCAAAGGUGAGGCGGUCCCAGACAAAAAAAAAUCUGUUAUCGAAACAAUCUUCUUUAAGCAUGACACAACGAUGUUGAUAAUGAACUUAAGUGUAACACGUGUAGUGACAGCAUAUUUAAUUUUUCCACCAAAAUAUUUGGCUUUGGAAAAGUAUAUAUAAAUGCACCAGCUACAAAAUUGUUAGACUGCUGUUUUGGCACUCUGUGUCAACACUUUUGAUGUUUCAUGUUUAAAAUCUUCUGAUUCUUACCACUGAACGAAAACAGUGACACAGCCCACAGUCAGCCAGUAAGGCUGAAUAAGAAUGUAAACCCCAGGCUGUGGUGUCACGGUCCAAUUUUGGGUCCUGUUGUCUAUGUCGAUUUCCUUAUGCUGACUGAACAUUCCUGCAGUGCUUCACUCAUUUAAAAAAAAUGAUAUUAACAUAUAACCAUAAUGUUCGUAAGACAGGCUUACUGUCAGACACACUGGACAAAAACCGAUUAAUUCUACUUGACCCAGGACUGGAAUUAAGAAACAUUUUGCACUUAAACAUGAGAAGAAAGUAUGUCAAGUUUUUUUUCUUCUUUUUUCCACAUUUUUGAGUCUGACUGAUCUGGUCCAGCUUGUACAAAUCAAAUCAGGUCAGGUUAUGUGACAGUUUGAAGUAAAAGUGACUUUCUGUAACAUCCUAAUUUAAGAAGCACUGAAAUUCAAGAAUUUCUUUUUCUGGUCACUUUUAUAUUUGCGUUGAAGGAGGGAGAUAAAUAUUUGAGAAAAACAAUUUGUUUUCGAGGCAAUGGUAGGUACUUUUUUCCUGUGCUUCCAAUCUUAAUGCUAAAAUGACUGGAUGCUGGCUGUAGCUGUCAGACAUAUAAGUGAUAUUGAUCUUCUUAUGAAACUUCCAGCAAGAAAACUAGUAAGUUCCCAAAGUGUUGCACUAUUCUUCUAAUAAAACUAGAUAUAAGAGAUGAGAAAAGGCCUCCAAAUAACGAUGUACAGUUUGUAGAGAAUGUAAGGGUAGACAGGAGGCUAUAUUAUGUGAAAAAAUGUCAUGUUUGUGCUCUUCAGUCAACAACCUCUUGAUUUCAGAAAGUGCCUGAGAUGAAAUGUCUCGACCUCACCAAUGGAGAGGUGAAGGAAAGAAAAAUAGAUCGCCUGUCAUACAGCCAGAUGAGUGGAAGAGGUUUGCAGAAAAACAUGUAUCCUGAUGGGACUGGAUUUCCACAUAGCAUAGUUAGCGAUGCCAGUCAUUGUUUGUCUGGGCUGAGGGGCUCCUUUGUUUCACAGAAAGGUUUUAAAAUGAAAGCUUAGUAAGCACACGGAAGAGUCUUAUGAAUGUAUUUAUAUUUGAUGUUAAAGUUGAUUAUUCCUCUUAUUCUUAUUGUUUAUUUAUCUUUCCUAAAGCUAUGUAACCCGAUGUAUCCUUAUGAUUUAUUUGUGUGUAUGCAAAAUCUAUUUAAAGUCACUGUAAAGUCUCUUGUGGGUGACAAAUGGAAGGGUUAACAGUUUUUCAGCCUGCAGUUUUGUUAAAAAAUAUUAAAUA